UUGAUUUGCAAAGUGAUCGAUCAAGAAAAGAAAAUGGAGAUUGAGAUAAUAUCAAGAGAGUGCAUCAAACCCUCUUCUCCAACACCUAGUCACCUAAGAACCUACAAGAUCUCUCUGGUUGAUCAAUUUGGCGCUCCAGCGUUAGUUUCCAGCAUCCUUUUCUAUCCACCAAUCCAAGCUACCUCACUCUCCAUGUCCAAGAGAUCGCAAGUGCUAAAACAAUCUCUAUCAAGCACUCUCACUCUUUAUUAUCCGAUUGCUGGGGAAAUCAUUUGUUGUGAAACAACUCCAGGUGGUGAUGUUGUUAUGAUACAAGAAACUGUGUUUGCUUGUGGUGGUUUUGCUAUAGGUAUAGUUACUCCACACCAUAUAUUUGAUGCAACUUCUUUAAUAGUAUUCCUCAAAGCUUGGACUACAAUGGUUCAAGAAGGAGUAGCGAUACCUCCUGAUUUCAACUCCUCAUAUUUGUUUCCUCAAAACACCGAAUUUCCAAAUGAUGUGAUGAGCUCGAUUAUACCAAGCCAGGUAUAUGGAAAAGAUGGUAAUUUUGCUUCCAAGAGGUUCCUAUUUGAUGGAUCAACCAUAAAGAAUCUUAAAUCCAAAGCAUCAAGCUCUGGAGUGCAUAACCCAACACGAGUAGAGGUUGUGAUUGCACUCCUCUUUAGAUGUGUCAUGUCUGCAUGGAAAGUCAAAUACGGUACCCAGAAAUCAGUUUUGAUGUCUACUUCGGUGAACUUGCGAUCAAGGAUUGUGCCACCAUUGUCAGAAACAAGUUUGGGAAGUUUAGUUUUGUUAGUACCUAUUGCAAUUAGUGAGGAAACAGAUUCAUGUAGUUUCGUGAGUCGGGUGAGGGAAAGUGUAUCCACAAUCAAUGGUGAUUUUUUGAAGAGCCUUCAAGGUGCUGAAGGAAUGCAGCGAUUUUUGGAGUUUGCGACAGAGACUCGUGAAUUAUAUUCUAAGGCCUUGUCUGACGGGGCCGAAUUCAUGGUGUUCAAUAGCUGGUGUAACGCGGGCAUGUACAAUGUCGAUUUUGGUUGGGGGAAGCCGAUAUGGUUUCCAUCUAUUCCUACACCGGUUCGUGUAACUGUGAUUGGUCUCUAUGAUGCUAGAAUGGGUAAUGGAAUAGAAGCAUGGGUGACUUUGGAAGAAGAAAUCAUGUAUGCGGUAGAGCAUGAUGAGGAACUCCUUUCAUUAGCCUCAAUAAAUCCAAGUCCUCUAGAAAUUGAUUCAUUGAAGUCAAACCUUUGAUCUAUCCAUGUAUGUAAUUUCAGCUGUCAUGCUUUGUUUUACUUACCUUAAUUUCCUUUUUUAUUUAAUUGCAUUUCAGAAUAGUUUAUUAGUGUGUUUUCUAUAAAGUUGUUUGUUCUCAUGGAUUAGUAAUAAUAUUUCAACUAAGUUAAUAUUA